AUGGCAAAGUGUUUCAUAGUGCGUAUACUGAUUGACUUAACCGUAUUAUUGCUAGCGAGCCCCGCAGCCUGGAGUAAGCCAACCUUUGGCAAGGAGCACGUUCACAUUCGUAUACAUUUGCCAGAGGAGGGCGGCCAUCACGGCGGAGGAGGCGGUGGCGACUAUGGUGGCUAUAGUGGUGGAGGCGGCUACGAGAUUCACGGAGACGGUGGAGGUGGUGGAGGCGGUUACGAAAUUCAUGGAGGUGGCGGCGGCCACGGCGGCGGAGGUGGCCAUGUAAAUACCUACGCUGUGAUAACCGAAAGCCACGGGGCCUCCGGCGGUGGACAUUAUGGCGGAGGUGGUGGUGGUGGUCACUAUGGCGGCGGCGGUGGUCAUGAUUCAGGUCAUGAUGACGCCAAGAUUGCAGCUAUAGCGGCGGCAGCUGGUAGCUCGGAUCAUGGAGAUCAUGGACAUGGUGGUUAUAGCGGAGGCGGUGGUUCGCAUGGUGGUUAUGGCGGUCAUGGUGUGGCCAACAUUGCAGCAAUUGCCGCCACUUCAGAUCAUGGCAGUAGUGGAUACGGUGGCUAUAGCGGCGGCGGUGGUGGAGGUGGCUACAGCAGCGGCGGUGGCUCACAUGAUCAUGGUGUGGCCCACAUUGCAGCAAUUGCCGCCACUUCAGAUCACGGCAGCAGUGGAUACGGUGGCUAUAGCGGCGGCGGUGGAGGUGGUUACAGCGGUGGUGGUGGUUACAGCGGUGGCGGUGGCUCACAUGGUCACGCAGAGGCUAACAUUGCUGCGAUUGCCGCUACUUCAGACCACGGCAGCGGCGGCUACGGUGGCUACAGCGGCGGUGGUGGAGGUGGCUACAGCGGUGGCAGCAGCUACAGUAGCGGCGGCAGCUACAGCAGCGGUGGCAGCUAUAGCGGUGGUGGUGAUUCUGGGUACAGUUACUCGGCACCAUCGUCGGGUGGUUGGUCGGGCGCCAGCUCAAGCUGGUCCUAA